UCACCUGACAGGUGCGCUGCGCCAUCUGUUGCACCGGCGCACAUCAGCUUUAGCUCGGCCCACGGAUGUGUGCUUCGCCCGCGGUGCGAACAGAGCGCUCGCCGGCUAUCCACGCUACACUUUUCCGAGGAAUCCUACUUCUUUAGACGAAGAAACUAGUAUGUUUAACCUGACCGGUGUCUGAUAAAGGCAAGAUCACUGGUGUAUAGCGAUAUCGCUGCUGCCCUGCCGUGUCGCGUUUAUCAUUAUUAGUACCGGACUCGGGAUCCAGAGGGAAUGGCUUCGGUAACAUCCAUAGAAGCGGUGAAGAGGAAGAUCCACACACAGAGCCAGCAGACCUACUACAGAGAGAACCGAGCAGAAGCGCUGCAGAGGGAGGUGGACCUGGAGCGGCAGGCCAGGGAGAGAGCCGAGGCCGAGGUGGCGUCCCUGAACAGACGUAUCCAGCUGGUAGAAGAGGAGUUGGAUCGUGCCCAGGAGAGACUCGCCACCGCGCUACAGAAGCUGGAGGAGGCCGAGAAAGCCGCGGAUGAGAGCGAGAGAGGAAUGAAGGUGAUAGAGAACAGAGCAACAAAAGAUGAGGAGAAGAUGGAGAUCCAGGAGAUGCAGCUGAAGGAGGCCAAACACAUCGCUGAGGAGGCUGACCGCAAAUAUGAGGAGGUGGCUCGUAAACUGGUGAUUCUUGAGAGUGAGCUUGAGCGCUCUGAGGAGCGAGCUGAAUUAACGUACAGCAAAUCUGGUGACCUAGAGGAAGAAUUGAAAAAUGUCACCAACAAUUUGAAGUCCCUGGAGGCACAGUCUGAUAAGUACUCCACAAAGGAAGACAAAUAUGAAGAGGAAAUCAGAGUACUCACUGACAAACUCAAAGAGGCUGAAACGCGUGCUGAGUUUGCUGAGAGGUCUGUGGCGAAGCUUGAGAAGACCAUUGAUGAUUUAGAAGAGAAACUGGCCCAGGCCAAAGAGGAGAAUCUGAACAUGCACCAAGUGCUUGACCAGACCCUUCAGGAGCUCAACAAUUUAUAAAGAUGGAGUCUCACAGCACACUAAGCUCUCCAGCCGUGCCUGACGCAGCUCUUUGCUUUGAUAAGUCAAUGUCUUAAAGUCACACACUUGCCAUUUUCUUUCCAAACAACCCGAUGCAAACAAUGUCUUACAACAACAGCGAAGCCAGCAGUACAUUAACACAUGAUCAACCUGGAUUUGUAGUAUUUGUAAGAAAUGUUUACUACAAAUAUAGCUUUUUGACCUCGUCUGAAAAAAAUCCUGUAAUUCUUAACUUUGGACUUAAACCAUCUACUAACAAUUUAAAAGCAAGAUUUUGUACAAGGGUUACUAUUUUU